AUGCAGGAACAAGAUUACCCGACCAAAGCUGAGUUUGCUCGCUACAGAAGAGAGCGUACUAUUGGCUUGUUUUGGCGAGUAUGCGAAACCGCUGGGGUUAGUUGUUUGAUGAUGGGUGCUUACGUAUUUCUCGUGUCAUGUACACCACUCAAGCCAAAAGGUCCAGGACUUAUUAAAAUCAAGAUAGAGGCUGAUUCAGACUUUGCCAAGAAUACAUUGGAGCUAAUUCAGCAAUCACUUAAAUUUGCCACUUAUCUUUCCAACGAUUUAAGUUCGUUUGUGAAUCAAACAACGAGCGAUUCAAUCUUGCAACAGUUGGACACCUUGUACAACGGCAACACGUACCAGCUAAACACAUUUGGCUACUGCCGGCAAGAUCAAAUGGGAAAUAGAGUAGGGUGUUACUUUAGUGAUGGAUUGAACUUGGUUGUGUGCUUACUACAAGAUGUAGGGUUUCAAUUACGAAGCAUAACAUCGAGUGAUGAUGAAAUUGAAGAUCAAUUUGUAAACCUAUACUACAACGCCAUCAAUCAAGCAUGCUCAUACCGUGUUACAACAACUUUUCCUUGCGUUCUCCAAUUGUACAAUGCCUAUGGAAAGCUCGUUCAAUGGCUUGCUGUCGCUGGCAUUUGCUUACCUAUGUUAGUGCUUUUAUUGAGCAUUGUCGAUUUGAUUUUGUAUGUAUUCUUGGGAGUACUGUCGCGUAUGUUACAAAGAAUACGUUUGGGGACUUUGGCAACUUGUGGGGUGUGUUUAAACCUAAUCUACAUAUUAACAUAUCUCACCUGGAACGAGAUUGGUUUGUUGGUGGAAAAGUAUGAGAUGGGCAGAGUUGAGUUGCAAAAUGAUUUUUGCAUCAGUUUGAAUAUAGUACUUGCAGCAUGUUUGGUCCUUGUAGGGGGCCAAUACUACAAGCGAAUGUGA